ACAAGCGUGCGGCAUGAGCAUGGGGAAGCAAAAGAAAGCAAGAAAGUAUGCGACCAUGAAGCGAAUGCUUAGUCUCAGAGAUCAGAGGCUCAAAGAAAAGGAUAGAUUAAAACCUAAAAAGAAAGAGAAGAAAGAUCCCACUGCACUCAAGGAAAGAGAAGUCCCCCAGCACCCUUCCUGCUUAUUCUUCCAAUAUAACACACAGUUGGGCCCACCUUACCACAUCCUGGUUGAUACCAACUUUAUCAACUUUUCCAUUAAAGCCAAACUGGACUUAGUGCAGUCAAUGAUGGACUGUCUGUAUGCCAAAUGUAUCCCUUGUAUAACUGACUGUGUAAUGGCUGAAAUUGAGAAAUUGGGGCAGAAGUAUCGAGUGGCUCUGAGAAUUGCCAAGGAUCCAAGAUUUGAACGAUUACCGUGCACACACAAAGGAACCUAUGCAGAUGACUGCUUAGUACAGAGAGUAACUCAGCACAAGUGUUACAUUGUGGCCACUGUUGACCGGGACCUUAAACGAAGAAUCCGGAAGAUCCCUGGAGUUCCCAUCAUGUACAUUUCCAACCAUAGGUACAACAUUGAGCGGAUGCCAGAUGAUUAUGGAGCCCCUCGGUUCUAAUUCUUAAAAGGCAAAAAUUCCUCUACCUUCUUUCGACCAACUUUCUCUGCUGCCAGUUCAUUAAACAUACUAUAGCAUGAAUUAUUAUUCCACUCACCCAUUUGCUCUGUUAUGAGCUGAGUAUGGUUAAAUACACUCACAUUUUGAUGUUGUUUUGGAAACGAUAUUUUGUAUUAUUUUAAAAUUUGUUGCAUCUUUUUAUAAAUCAGGUGACUGCUCACACAA